AUGUUCGAUCCAUAUCGGCUCGGAUGUGAAGUCAGGCAGGGGAGGUUAACAUCUCCAACUAUUUUUAACCUCUACAUGGAUGAUCUGAUCGUCGCGCUCAGCAGACAGCAUAUCGGUUGUCAUGUUGAUAGAGUAUGCGUAAAUAAUAUAAGUUAUGCGGACGACAUGCUGAGUGCGUCAAUCAGUGGAAUAAGACAGCUGGUACAGACAUGUGAGGAUUACGCUUGUUAUCAUGGCUUAAAAUAUAAUGUUUUAAAAAGCCAAUGCAUGGUCUUUGAGGCUAUCGGAACAAAAUGCCCCCAGAAUAUCCCACCCGUACUCCUCUCUGGUGUACUCUUAAAAAUGAUGGAGCAAUUCAAGUAUUCAGGGCAUAUAGUUACCACUUGUCUCAGGGAUGAUGCAGAUAUUGAGAGGGAGCGGAGGGCACUGUCCGUUAGAGCGAACUUGUUGGCUCGAAGGUUUGCUCGUUGCUCAGCGCAAGUAAAGAUAACACUUUUAGAGCAUACUACACCUCGUUUUAUACGUGUAGCUUUUGGGCCGACUAUACAAAGAAAAGAUACAGUGACCUCCCUGUCCUCUACAAUAAUACAUUUAGGAUAUUGUUGGGGCUGCCCCGAUGCUGCAGCGCCUCAGGCAUGUUGA